AUGCGCCAAGUCCAGGCAACGAGGGUACUGACCUCUGUGGGAAGAGUUUUACUCAACUGUGUAAUCUCAAAGUACACCGGCGCAUUCACACAGGAGAGAAACCGUAUUACUGCUCAGAGUGUGGGACGAAUUUUACUACAUAGAGUGAUCUCAAAAAACACCAGCUCAUUCACACAGGAGAAAAAACUGUAUUGCUGCUUAGACUGUGGCAGGAGUUUUAAUCGACAGAGUAAUCUUCUACAACACCGGCGCAUUCACACAGGAGAGAAACCAUAUUACUGCUCAGAGUGUGGAAAGAAUUUUAAUCUACAGAGUCAUCUCCAACAACACCAGCGCAUUCACACAGGCGAGAAACCAUAUUACUGCCCAGACUGUGGAAAGAAUUUUAUUACACAGAGUGAUCUCAAAAAACACUACUGCAUUCACACAGGAGAGAAACCAUUUUCCUGCUCAGACUGUGGGAAGAAUUUUAAUCGACAGAGUCAUCUCCAACAACACCAGCGCAUUCACACAGGAGAGAAACCGUAUUACUGCUCAGAGUGCUGUAGGAAUUUUACUACACAGAGUCAUCUUCAACAACAUCAGCGAAUUCACACUGGAGAGAAACCGUAUUGCUGCUCAGAGUGUGGGAAGAGUUUUAAUCGACAGAGUCAUCUCCAAAUCCACCAGCGCAUUCACACAGGAGAGAAACCAUAUUACUGCUCAGUGUGUGGAACGAGUUUUUCUGCACAGUCUUCUCUCAGAAUACACAAGCGCAUUCACACAGGAGAAAAAACAUAUUGCUGCUCAGACUGUGGGAAGAGUUUUAAACAAAUAGGUAAACUUAAAAUGCAUCAACGCAUUCAUACAGGAGAGAAACCGUAUUACUGCUCAGACUGUGAGAGAAGCUUCAGGCAUUCCAAUACAUUUAAGAAACACAAGUGCACUAAGAGGAGUCACAGAAAUUUAUGAUGGCACUCCUUCCACCACCACAGGCUCCAAUCCAGAUUUCAGAAAUAAAUGUCCUUGAGAGUUACAUAAUCUGCUAAGUUUUUCCCGGUGGUUAUUAUGAUGUUCCUUAGUGUACUCUUAAUGGGUGCUACAGCAUGGCAAGUAAUUUCUAUUGUUUUGCAGGCAGGUAACUAGAUGUUUCUAGGGGGUUGCUAUGGCAUCCUAAGGUGUUGCCAAGUGGGGUUGCUGUGUCUUCUUGCAUCAUCACUGUAUUUAAAACGUUGCAAAAAAAAAAGUCUAAAAAAUAUUAUACUACUGAUUUGCUUUGCCAUAGAAAAUGAGCAGCAAAUGUAUUUAAUCCUUUUAAUAGACUUAUAAUUUGAAUAAUUUAUUCAAAAUAAUCUCCUUAAUACUUGCUGUUUUUAUUUUAUUUUUAGAUAAUUAAAAAGGAUCACAAAUCACAGUUUCUGUAUGUUCAUUUUUAUAAUCUGGGCAGUUUAAAGUCCAUUUUUGCAAUAAAGUAAAAGUAACCAAGCUGUUCAUAAAAUAUCUGCAUUAUUAGAGGGAUUGUAGAUCAUGUGGGCUACAGUGCAGAGCCCAAAGACUGUACAAAGAUAUCAGAGUAUAAUAUACAGUCUAAAAAUAUAAGUAUAAUAAGGUCACUUGAUGUUAUCCUGCGGUUGCUGCUGAUAUUUGAAAAAGUUGACCUGAACCCCAUUGAAAACCACUGGAAUGCAAACAAGAGGAAGAUGAAUGGUUUUAAGUCAUCAAACAAAGCUGAACUGAUUGAUUUUUUUUGUGCCAGGAAUGGCAUACGGUUACGCAAAAGCAGUGUAAAAGACACAUGAAAGCUGUGAUUUAAAUAUUAUGGUUAUUCCUCCAAAUAUUGAUUUCUUCACUCUUCAUGAGUUUAAACACUAGCAUUGUUGUGUCUAAAUUAAUAUACAUUUGUUUUCUUUACAUUAUUUGAGGUAUGAAAGCACUGCAUAUUUUUCAUUAUAUUGACUAUUUUUCAUUUUCUGAAAAUAAACGCUCUAAAUGACAAUAUUUUUCUUUGGAAUUCAGGAGAAAUCAAUUUUAAUUAAAUAUUUUUAUUUAUUUUUUUAUUUUUUAAUCCAGAGCUGUAUAUUCAUAUUUUGUAUUAUAAAUUAUGUCUGUAUAUCAUGCAAUUUUCAAAACUGCUAGUCAUUCUUUUAACUAAGAGGUCUAUAAGAACAAGCAUUAACAAACAAAAGUAGAAUUUUACUGCUUUAUUGUGCCCUGAAUUGCCUUAACUGUGGCCUUAAAAUUCCACUUGCAUAAAAAUGAAAAAAUGUUAGAGUUUGAAUGUUUUGUACAAAUGCAUAAUUUAAAAGGGAUCUGAUUUUACGGUUUUCAUUCUAAGACUCGAAGCGCAAAACUCUUGCUAGUAUUUUGACUGGAAGGAGAAGGAAAGGGAGGGGGGGGGGGUAACACAGGAUUUGGGCAGGAGUUCGGGGCAGUUUCGCUGGAAAAG